AGUUUGUUUUAAAAGCCAAUAUAGGUCUAUGCGGAAGUAGCUCAAAAAGAACAAUAAACUUUAACUUUUAACAGGGAGAUAAGAUUUGAUGUUAACAACUUGAAAAACCUCAUGACGAUGUCAUAUACGUGAAAGACACUUAUAAGCAGCUCGAUACAUUGAUUAAACAUGCACACAAAUAAUAUUACUUUAGUGUUUUUAACACUCUUACUUUGUGUUUAUGAUUCAAUAAGCACUCGUGAGAAAAUUGCGAGAAAAGGUGGACAUACAAAAUGUUCACCUGGAGGCUGGAAGCAAGUUGAGUGUGAAAACUGGUUUUGUGAUAAGGGACAUUGGAAAAGUCAAGGUAGGGUAAGAAAUGAGGCCUGUUGCCUUCAGGGAUACUACCCUGAAUGUGAGAGAGUCCUCCAAACAUUCAAACAAACGAUACCAAAGAAACAACACAUACAGUAUGGGAAUAUAGACUUGAUGAAUAUGUCGCCUCCAUUUCGACCACCCAAAUACGUAGUUGGACCAUCAAUAGUUGUGAACACGUCUAAUGGGGCACUGCAAGGCCAACUUACGAGCUAUCGUCUAGGAACUUUUGCUGGAGCAUACAUAACUGAAUUCUUGGGUAUUCCCUAUGCAGCUGCACCAACUGGUAAAAUGCGCUGGGUGAAUCCACAGAAGCAGCCAAAAUGGCAAGGGAUAAAACAGGUGACACAGUAUGGCUCAUCGUGUAUGCAAGAAAGUGAAUACUUAGAUAUGUCUGAGGAUUGUUUAUAUCUGAAUGUGUGGAUUCCCGGGAACUGGACUGGGGGUGGUAAUCUAUCAGUGAUGGUGUGGAUUCACGGAGGUGGCUUCCAAACAGGCUCGAGUACUAUCUACGACAGCGGCUACCUCUCCCAACACGCCAAUGUACUCAUCGUUACCAUCAAUUAUAGACUGAACGUCUUUGGUUUCCUCUCAACUGAGUCUGGGCCAGAUGAUGGUAAUUGGGGACUCAAAGAUAUGGUUCUCGCUUUACAAUGGGUCCAAGAAAAUAUUGGACAUUUCGGCGGAGACAAGAACUCUGUGACCAUAUUUGGCGAGUCAGCUGGUUCUGCUGCAGUUACUAUGCUUAUGAUAUCCAAUCAGGCAAAGGGUCUUUUUCAGAAAGCAAUCGCACAGAGUGGUUCUCUGUUUGACCCAUGGGCAAUGAAUCCAAAGGGAAAAAAUCGUGAAAUGGAAGAAAAACUUGUGUAUAAACUAAAAUGUGACUUCUAUGCGGAUUUAAACUGUUUGAGAACACGAACAGCUUCUGACGUAUUGUCUGCUUCAAUGUUGAUGGACCUGAGAUUUGUUCCAAAUAUGGAUGGGUCCUUCUUUGCAGAUGAUCCUAAGACAAUCCUAGAGCGAGGACAAUAUGAGCCGGUUGACUUUGUAAAUGGAUGCAACAGUCAUGAAGGAUUCAUGAGUGGUCCAGAAAUAAGUUCGCGUUUUGGUGAUCUAGGCCUGGGGUAUAACAUGUCACAAUUCAAAGCAGCGAUCAGUAUGGACAUCAACAAAACAAGCAAUUAUAGUGCGGCACUAAUUGGAGCACUAUCUCUCAUCUACAACAACUAUUCAACGGAUGAGUCUAUGAGGUCUACCGACAGGAGUAAAGGUGUCAUUGAUGCAACAACAGAUCAUUCCAUAAUUGCUGGAACACAUCAAUUCGCUACCCUUUAUAAGAAACAUUCACCAAAGAAGGUUUACUGUUACUACCUACAUGUGCAGUUAUCUAAAGCAAUACGCAUCAUUGCCCCGGAUAGACCAGAUUGGGUGAAUAGUGUACAUGCAGAUGAUAUUCCAUUCGUAUUUGGCACAGCAAAGUAUAUAUUAGACCUAAAUGUCACAGAAGGAGAGAGGAGACUGAGUAAUCUUAUGAUGCAAUCUUGGGGAGAAUUUGCCAGGACUGGAUCUCCCAGCCUGAAAUACCUCUUUGACUGGCCAGAGUUCACUGAUUUUAAUUCAAAUUAUCUGGAGUUCAACAAUUCAACUGAUAUUGUUCCGAAAUAUGGCUUGAUUAAACGUUUCUUGUCUAAACGCAUGAACUUUUGGAUUGACUAUGUGUACAAAGACCUGGGUGUUCCUUUGCUGACUAUGUAAAUAACUGAUUAUGUUAUUGAUGGAUCUGUGAAUUCAAAAUGUGCGCAAGAAGUGGAUUUCAACAAUCCCCC